AUGGGAAGACAUUCUUGUUGUUAUAAGCAAAAGCUUAGAAAAGGACUUUGGUCUCCUGAAGAAGAUGAGAAACUUCUCAAUUACAUAACUACACAUGGUCAUGGCUGUUGGAGUUCCGUCCCUAAACUCGCAGGUCUACAGAGAUGUGGAAAGAGUUGUAGACUUAGGUGGAUAAACUACUUGAGACCAGACUUAAAGAGGGGAGCAUUCUCUCAAGAUGAAGAAAGCUUGAUCAUUGAGCUCCAUGCUACUUUGGGGAACAGAUGGUCUCAGAUUGCAACUCGGUUACCAGGAAGAACAGACAACGAGAUCAAAAACUUUUGGAACUCAUGUCUUAAGAAGAAGCUGAGAGUAAAAGGCAUUGACCCAACAACACAUAAGCCCUUCAUAAACGACCUUCAAACUCUUAACGUCAUAGAUCAGAAGUUGCCGUCAUCAAAAACUUCAGAAGUAGUUAAGUCAAUGGGUUUGAUAAAGGACGCACAUGAUCAGUCAAUGGUCGUCUCAUCACAACCAGAUCCUUGGUGGUUCCCGGAGACAACUACUACUACGGCUAAUCAAAACGCUGCGUUUUGCUUCAGUUCAAGUACUAUGCCAACGGUUUCAGACCAGAUGACUUCAAACUUCAACUACUUCAGGAAUACAGUUCCAUCUCAGAGCAACAGUAUUUACAGUGCUUUCUUUGAACAUAACCAAAGCUCGGAAACUGGUUUAGAAGCAGAAGUGAAGCCAGACAUUGCCAA